AUGAACAAAAACAAUGGAAGUUCCAUGACAGACUUCAUCCUGCUGGGGUUUUCUGAUCGGCCCCAGUUAGAACACAUCAUCUCUGGGGUUGUCUUCAUCUUCUAUAUUGUGACUCUGGUAGGAAACACAACCAUCAUCCUUGUAUCUAACCUAGACAGCCAGCUCCAUACUCCUAUGUAUUUCUUCCUAUCCAAUUUGUCUUUUCUGAAUCUCUGUUAUGCAACUAGCAUUAUCCCACAGAUGCUGGUAAAUCUAUGGGGUCCAACAAAGUCUAUUACCUACGGAGGGUGUGUGCUCCAAUUCUUCUUUGCCCUUGACUUGGGAGCCACAGAAUGUCUUCUCUUGGCUGUGAUGGCCUAUGAUCGCUACGCUGCUGUCUGUCAACCUCUUCACUACACAGUAAUAAUGCACCCUCAACUUUGCCAAAAGAUGGUGCUUGUCGCCUGGUUAGGUGGUCUUGGCAGUGCCUUAAUCGUUUGCUCCUUGACUUUGAAGUUGCCAAGAUGUGGGCACCGGGAGGUGAAUAAUUUUAUCUGUGAGAUGCCAGCAUUGCUCAAGAUGGCUUGUGUCUACUCAAAAGUAACUGAGGUCAUUGUCUAUGCUCUUGGAGUGAUAUUUCUUCUAGCACCUUUAUCAUUAAUUCUCAUCUCAUAUGCAAUUAUCACUCAAGCUGUCAUGAAGAUCAAGUCAACAGCAAGGUGGCGUAAGGUCCUUAAUACAUGUGGUUCCCACCUCACAGUAGUAACUCUGUUUUAUGGAACAAUCAUUUAUAUGUACAUGAAGCCACAGAAUAGCACAUCUGAAGAUGAGGGGAAGUUCCUCACUCUCUUUUACACAAUCGUCACACCCACCCUUAACCCUCUGAUCUACACUUUAAGAAACAAGGAUGUGAAGAGUGCAGUAAAAAGAAUACUGUAUGUGAGAAAAUGGUCAGCAAAGUCAUGAGUUAGAUGGAAGAGAGGUAAGGAAAUAACAUUGACCUUUACCAACAGAAGAUGAAUGAUUCACUUUCACAAACAGCAUUUAUGGGAUAUUUACCUUGUAUCAAGAAUUGUGCUAUAGACGGAUUUAUAAACAAUUAAAUCAGAAAUUAUAAGGAGAUAGAGAUGCAGACACAUAAGGAAACUUGAAUUCAUAUACUUAAAAGCCUUCAAGACUAAUCAGGAACUACAUACAAGUAAACCUAGAAUUGUGAAAAGUGGUUAAGUACAGAAAUAUAUGUACAAGGUAUUAAGAAAAUAUUUCACAUGGAAAUUUACUUUAAUAUAGGGUUACACUGGACAGUGAUU